GAAAAUGACAAAUGAGUAUGACCUUUGCUAUUUCUUUUUGUUUUCUUUUUAAUUUAACAGACUGUGUUCUAUUAUUCAAAAAACUAUAUAUUUAUUUAUUUUAGUUUAGUACUUUUUUUUGUUAGCUUCCAGUUCAGAGUAGGGUUGAAGAAGCAGAUAGACGCCACCGUGUCUCUCUCUCGCAAAACCCUAACUCUCCAUUCUUCUCUUCAAAACCCUUUUUGUUCUCUCUUACGAUUAUAUUGUUCUUCUAGUAGUUUCUAAUUUUCUUUCACGUAGGAAACAAUGGGAGCUUCAUUGCCUCCGAAAGAAGCUAACCUCUUCAAACUCAUCGUUAAAUCAUAUGAAACUAAACAGUACAAGAAAGGACUGAAGGCUGCAGAAGCUAUACUUAAAAAGUUUCCUGAUCAUGGAGAAACAUUGUCAAUGAAGGGGUUGACCUUAAAUUGCAUGGAUCGUAAAAUUGAAGCAUAUGAGCUUGUUCGGUUAGGUUUAAAGAAUGAUUUGAAAAGUCAUGUCUGCUGGCACGUGUAUGGUCUCCUCUAUCGAUCAGAUAGAGAAUACAGGGAGGCUAUCAAAUGCUAUCGCAAUGCUUUGAGAAUAGAUCCAGACAACAUUGAGAUACUACGGGACUUGUCACUCUUGCAGGCACAAAUGCGAGAUUUGGCUGGAUUUGUGGAGGCAAGGCAGCAGCUUUUGACUUUGAAACCAAAUCAGCGUAUGAACUGGAUUGGCUUUGCUGUAGCCCACCAUUUAAACUCAAAUGGUGCAAAAGCAGCUGAAAUAUUGGAAGCAUAUGAAGGGACAUUAGAAGAUGAUUAUCCACCAGAUAAUGAGCGUUGCGAGCAUGGUGAAAUGCUUUUAUAUAAGAUCUCUUUGCUAGAGGAAUGCGGAUUUCAUGAGAGAGCACUUGAGGAAUUGCACAAAAAAGAACCAAAAAUAGUUGAUAGAUUGACUUACAAAGAACAAGAGGUUUCUCUCCUGGUGAAGCUUGGGCUUCUAGAAGAAGGUGCCAACAUUUAUAAGGCUUUACUCACCUUGAAUCCUGAUAAUUACAGGUAUUAUGAAGGCUUGCAGAAAUGUUUUGAUCUUUAUUCUGAAAAUGGCAAGUAUUCCUCUGAUGAAAUUGAUCGGUUGGAUGCACUAUACAAAUCUCUUGCACAGCAGUACACUUGGUCAUCUGCAGUUAAGAGGAUACCACUUGAUUUUCUGCAAGGAGACAAAUUUCGUGAAGCAGCAGUUAGUUACAUUCAGCCUCUUCUGAUAAAGGGGGUUCCAUCUUUAUUUUCAGAUCUUUCUCCUUUGUACAACCACUAUGGCAAGGCAGACAUAUUGGAACAACUUAUGCUUGAGUUGGAGCAUUCAAUUAGGACGACUGGGAGAUUCCCUGAUAGGACAGAGAAGGAGCCCCCUUCAACACUUUUAUGGACUCUGUUCUUUUUGGCUCAGCAUUAUGACAGAAGAGGACAAUAUGAUAUGGCUCUUUCAAAAAUUGAUGAGGCUAUACAGCAUACACCAACUGUAAUCGAUUUAUACUCUGUCAAGAGUCGGAUAUUGAAACAUGCUGGUGAUUUGGUAGCUGCAGCUUCAUUGGCCGAUGAAGCUUGGUGUAUGGAUCUUGCAGAUCGCUAUAUAAACAGUGAAUCCAUCAAGCGUAUGUUGCAGGCUGAUCAGGUGGCCUUGGCAGAAAAAACUGCUGCAUUGUUCACAAAAGAAGGGGACCAGCACAACAACCUUCAUGACAUGCAGUGCAUGUGGUAUGAACUUGCGUCUGGUGAAAGUCACACUCGACAAGGUUAUCUUGGACGGGCCCUGAAGAAAUUUUUAGCUGUGGAGAAGCACUAUGCUGACAUUACUGAAGAUCAGUUUGAUUUUCAUUCUUAUUGUUUACGGAAAAUGACGCUGCGUGCAUAUGUUGAAAUGCUAAAGUUUCAAGAUCGGUUGCAUUCACAUUCUUAUUUUCACAAAGCUGCAGCUGGCGCCAUCAGAUGCUAUCUAAAGUUGUAUGAUUCUCCUUUGAACUCUCCAGCUGAAGAAGAGGACCAUACAUUAAAGACUCUUCAGAAAAAGAAAAUGAAGAAGCAGAGAAAAACAGAACGAGCUAAGAAAGAGGCAGAGGAGAAAAAUGAAGAAUCAAGUGCUAGUGGCACUUCUAAGUCUGGAAAACGACAUGUUAAACCUGUAGACCCAGAUCCUUAUGGAGAAAGAUUAUUGAAGACUGAGGAUCCUUUGUCAGAAGCAACUAAGUAUUUGAAGUUGCUUCAGAAGAAUUCACCUGAUUCUUUAGAGACGCACUUGCUUUCAUUUGAAGUCAAUAUGAGAAAGCAAAAGAUUUUGCUUGCCUUUCAGGCUGUAAAGCAAUUGCUAAGGUUGGAUGCUGAGUAUCCGGAUUCACAUCGCUGCUUGAUUAAAUUUUUCCAUAAAGUGGGCUCAAUGCCUGCUCCAGCGACUGAUGCAGAAAAACUUGUUUGGAGUGUCUUAGAAGCUGAGCGACCAUCCAUCUGUCAAUUGCAGGAGAAAACUCUUACUGAGGCAAAUGAAAUUUUCCUUCGUAAACAUCAAGAUUCUUUGAUGCAUAGAGUGGUAGUUGCAGAAAUGUUAUAUAUCUUGGAUCCGACCAAGAAACUUGAGGCUGUUAAGUUAAUUGAAGACUCAUCCAAUAUAGUUGAGCCAACUUGUUUGUUCCUUUUUUGCUUGUCCAGGAAUGCAACACUUGGACCAAUCAUGGCAUGGAAGCUCAAGGACUGUAUUGGAGUCCACCAACUCUUGGAAAAGGUUCUUGUUGAUCAAGAUGCUGCUUUGAGAUGGAAAGUAAGAUGUGCGGAGUACUUCCCCUACUCUACCUAUUUUGAAGGUAGUCGUAGCUCUGCCGUGAACAAUCUGUUCAACAAUCAGGAGGGCAAAACUCCAGUAAAUGGUGGUACAAGUGAUCCCGAAAUCAGUCAAAGCACAAUUCCAAUCAUAUCAAACGGAAAGCUCGAGGCAUUUAAAAACCUUGCCAUUUGAAGAGACGGUAUAUGGUACCAACUGACAUUUGAACAAUGGAUUGGGAUUAAGAUUGUAUGUUACCCUACAAGAAGAGGUCUUUGCGUCCCGUAAAAAAUUGGAUUAUCUUGAGAUUCUGCGAAGUCAAGCAAUUCUUUCUUCUGCUUCUUUUGGGAUCUAAAUUUUCUUGGCCUAUCUUGAUCGUGAAAGCAUUUUUGUAUAAUUUAUUAUUGACAUUAAUGAUUUUAGGGUUGAAAAUACAUAUUUCACUGUUUCAUUGAGAUCCUGCUGGCUCCUUGGUUGAGGCACAAUAAUAGAUUUUUGAGCAUUGCUUCUGGAAAGGUGGGGUUUAGAGGUAAUGGUUGGAGCGUCUUGUACUUUUUCAUGGUUUUAAUUAGUUGUCAUAUGGAAAAUUUUGCUAUGGAGUUGAAUAGCAUUGGUUCAUUGAUUACUUAUUUGUUAAUGGUUCUAACAUUCAAUUUUUAAUUAAAUUUAAUUGAUUAAAACAAUCAUAUUGAUUGAAA